AUGAUUCAUGGAACAUGUGGGAUUUUAAAUCCCAAUUCUCCUUGCAUGAAAGAUGAAAUAUGCACACAAAAAUUUCCUAAAGAGUUUAAUCCUCGUACUGUUGCAAUUUUUAAUGGUUAUCCUAACUACAUGCGCUUAGAUGUUGGUAGAGUAAUCAUUAUAAAGGGGCAUGAUUGUUUUAAUGUGGUAAUUAAUGAAAGUGUUAACCAUCAUGAGAUUAACACAUAUUUAGACUGUCGCUUUGUCUCCGCACCCGAGGCUCUUCGGAGAAUAUAUGAGUAUUCCAUAAGUGGUUUGUCACAUACUAUUAUCCGCCUUCAAGUCCACCUUUCUAAUCAUAAUCAGAAAGUAUAUUUUAACGAAGGAGAAGAACAAGUAACUAUAGAUUGUGCAUCACAGCGCGAAACUCAAUUAACUGCUUGGUUUAAAUUGUUACUUUUUUAUGUAAAAGGUGCAAAGUCUUUUGAGGAUUUGCGUAUUGUUCAUGGUACUGUUUUUUAUACAUUUCGUGAAGAAUGUUAUCAUUUAGGUGUAUUUCAAGAUGACAUUGAGUGGAGAAAUACAUUAACUGAAGCUGUUGCAACUUGGAUGUGUUGUAACUAA